AUGCUGCAGCACUUUAUUCGCACGGUAGUGAUUCCGUACGGCAACAAGCAUCUCGUUGUCUAUGCAGACAACUGCAUGGGGCAAAAUAAGAAUAACCACGUGAUCAAGUUCUUUGUGGCUCUGGUACACAUGGGUGUUCUCGAGCGAGUGGACUACAAGCUCUUUGUGAAAGGUCACACGAAGAACUCUUGUGACCGCGGAUUCGGCCACAUUCGCAAGCACGUUUCUCGCCAGGAUUGCUGGACAAUGAAUCAUAUUAUCUCCGCUGUGGACAAUUCUGCCACCUCCAACACUACCGUUCACAUCUCGCGUGGCAAUUUAUUUUUUACGAGCUACAAACCAGUAGUGACCGAGCUCUACAAGAACCUAACGAGCGUGCAGCAGUACCAGGUAUUCUCUAUGGUUAAAGAUCAGCCUGGAGUUGUUUUGUGCCGCAAAGGACCCGACAAUGAAGCAACUAGACAAGAUCUGCGACGAAACGUUGAUGGAGUUGCCACCGAUGACAUCAAAGUAGAUCGCAUGUUCGCUCAUUUUUUUUGGAAGACCUGA